AUGGCUGAGCUUCUGAUGAAGGAUGCUCGUGCACUUGGAUUGAUCCAAAGUGCUGUCUCAGAUCAACUCUUCCCCAGAAUUGUGAAUGAGGAGACCUCAAAGGGAGCUUGGGAUAUCCUGAAGCUGGAAUUCAGGGGAGAUAAACAGGUACGAAAUGUAAAACUGCAAGGAUUGCGUAGAGAGUUUGAAUAUACUCGCAUGAAAGACAGUGAAUCCCUAUCUAUAUAUCUUGCUAGAUUGUUUGAUAUCUUGAAUCACAUGAAGAGUUAUGGUGAGGAAUUAUCUAGGGAGAGAGUAGUGCAGAAAUUGCUGUUUAGUUUACCAAAAUCAUAUGAUUCAAUCUGUUCUGUGAUUGAACACUCUAAGGAUCUUGAGACACUUGAGAUUCAAGAAGUAGUUGCUUCCCUGAAGAGCUUUGAGCUCAGAUUGGAUCGACACAAUGAGAACUUUACAGAAAGGGCCUUUACUAGUCUGAAUAUUGAAGAUAAGAAUUCUAAGAGUGGAGCUUCCUCUGGAGAUCAAAAACCUCAGAAAUCUUGGAAAUCCAACGAUGGGAGUAAAACAGCUUGUAAACACUGUGACAAACUGCAUUUUGGCAAAUGUUGGUUUGAAGGAAAGCCUAAGUGCAAAGGGUGUGGGAAAUUUAGACAUAUGCUCAGAGAGUGUCAUGGAAAUAAAAAUGUACAGAAACUGAACUAUGCAAAUCAAGUUGAAGAAACUGGAAUUCUGUUCUAUGCAUGCAAUGCUGUGACAGAUGUGAAGGAAAAUCAUUCUUGGUACAUUGACAGGUGA